GGCCGCUGCCGGCCUCCCCGUGGCCGCCCGCGUCCCGAGGAGUGGAGGAGGGUCAUCCCCGAGACAGCCGCUCCACCGCCGGUCUCCUCCCCACCUCCUCGCGGCUCGCGGCGCGGCCGGCCAUAGGCACUACUCUACCUUUGGUGGGGUGGGGCGACAGAGCUCCGCGACCACUCACUGCCCGUCACGCCGUCUGUCUUUGACUCGUUGACCGCGGAGUGACCGUGCGCCGGAGCCGGAGCCGGAGCCGGCCAUGGAAGUGCGCGGCCGUGGAGUGGUACAGGGGCAGGGUUCGGCGGCGGCCCAGCACCGGCACCGGCACCCUCCGCCUGCGGCGGCGCCGAGGGUGCAGGCCGGGGACGCGCUGCCGCUGCCGAUACGGCACACCAACCUCAUCUUCUCGGCGCUCUUCGCCGCGUCGCUGGCGUACCUCAUGCGCCGGUGGCGCGAGAAGAUCCGCUCCUCCACGCCGCUCCACGUCGUCGGGCUCGCCGAGAUGCUCGCCAUAUUCGGCCUCAUCGCCUCGCUCAUCUACCUCCUCAGCUUCUUCGGCAUCGCCUUCGUCCAGUCCAUCGUCUCGUCCAGCGACGACGACGAGGACUUCCUCGUCGGGUCCUCCGGAGCUCCCGCGACCGCCGCGGCGCCCUCCCGCUCCCGGCAGCAGCAGGCGCCGGCCCCGUGCGCGCUGCUCGGGAGCCCCGCCGCCGCCGCGGCGCACGAGAAAAUGCCGGAGGAGGACGAGGAGAUCGUCGCCGCGGUCGUCGCCGGGAAGAUCCCGUCCUACGUGCUCGAGACCAGGCUCGGCGACUGCCGCCGCGCCGCCGGCAUCCGGCGCGAGGCCGUUCGGCGGAUCACUGGGAGGGAGAUCGACGGCCUCCCGCUCGACGGCUUCGACUACGCCUCUAUCCUCGGUCAGUGCUGCGAGCUGCCGGUCGGGUACGUGCAGGUGCCCGUGGGCAUCGCGGGCCCGCUCCUGCUCGACGGCCAGAGGUUCUACGUGCCCAUGGCCACCACCGAGGGCUGCCUCGUCGCCAGCACCAACCGAGGCUGCAAGGCCAUCGCCGAGUCAGGCGGCGCCACCAGCGUCGUGCUGCGGGACGGGAUGACGCGCGCCCCCGUCGCUCGGCUCCCCACCGCGCGCCGCGCAGCCGAGCUCAAGGCAUUCCUUGAGGACCCUGCUAAUUUUGACACGCUCUCCUUGGUCUUCAACAGGUCGAGCAGGUUUGCGAGACUGCAGGGUGUGCAGUGCGCUAUGGCCGGGAGGAACCUGUACAUGAGAUUCAGCUGCAGCACAGGGGACGCCAUGGGCAUGAACAUGGUCUCAAAGGGCGUGCAGAAUGUGCUGGAUUUCCUUCAGGACGACUUCCCUGACAUGGAUGUCAUUAGCAUAUCAGGUAACUUCUGUUCUGACAAGAAGCCAGCUGCUGUGAAUUGGAUUGAAGGGCGCGGAAAGUCUGUGGUUUGUGAGGCUGUAAUCAAGGAGGACGUGGUGAAAAAGGUUCUAAAAACAAAUGUGCAGUCACUGGUCGAGCUGAACACAAUCAAGAAUCUUGCUGGCUCGGCUAUCGCUGGAGCUCUUGGGGGUUUCAAUGCUCAUGCGAGCAAUAUUGUAACGGCCAUCUUCAUCGCCACUGGCCAGGAUCCUGCACAGAACGUCGAAAGCUCCCACUGCAUCACAAUGCUGGAACCCAUAAAUGACGGAAAAGAUCUUCACAUAUCUGUCACGAUGCCUUCUAUUGAGGUGGGUACAGUUGGCGGCGGGACUCAGCUGGCUUCCCAGUCUGCCUGCCUCGACCUCCUGGGCGUGAAAGGCGCGAACCAGGACUCGCCGGGAUCGAACGCGAGGCUGCUGGCCACCGUGGUGGCCGGCGGUGUCCUCGCCGGGGAGCUCUCCCUCCUGUCUGCACUGGCCGCCGGGCAGCUCGUGAAGAGCCAUAUGAAAUACAACAGGUCGAGCAAGGACAUGUCCAAGGCGCUACCUUGAUCCGAGCCGUGACUUGGAUCGAUCGUCGCAGCGGAAAUGGACAGGUCCAGACAGUGAAAAACAACGCCGUGGAAUAAUUCUUGUGCCCCGUGGAAGUGUGGAAGUGGAAGCGCAGAGGUGGCCGGCCGGUGAGGCACUAGGUAUGGGCAGCAGGGCAAAGGUUCAUCAGUCCUGGUCAUCACUCUCUCGAGAGGCAAAGAAUCCUUCAACAUGGAGAGAAGGCGUCAACAGUUUGUGGUGGAAACAGGGAGAGUCCUUCCUUGUUCAGGAGCUUGACCUGUUGGAUUCUCGUUGCUGGCCGGUCCAGGUGUCGUCAUCAAACCUGUCGUCCUCUGCGCACUGACGCUGGAGAAGCGAGCUAACCGUUGUAUUUUUUUUCCUUUUCAUGUUGAUAAGAGCUUUGCAGUCGCCUUGGUGCAUAAAGUGUUGUUGUAGGUCGUGGUAGAUAGAUAUCUCGUUUUUUUUUCCUUCAUUUUCUUUUUUUUUUGCUUGGUAAUGCCUGGUAGGUCUCUCCCCCUCUGAAGCUUUGCUUCAGGAAGCAGCUUGCGAACCUGGUCUCUGUGUUGCAGCACUGUAAUUAUUUCUUUUCUCAGCUUUGUUUGCUCGAUCAUCUUCUCCUCGUUAAACCAAACAAACUCUGUAAAUGUGUGUUGAGUGUCUGUCUAUACUUGUGGUGUUGUGACGCUGUAAAGCGAUGCGUAUAA